AUGCCUCUCUUUGCCCCAGUCGUCAAGCUCCGCAAGCACUCUGCUACUUCUCCGACAUGUCUACCGCCAUCCACGCCAUUAGCGACGUGUUCAACGACGAACUUGUCUGCAGCGGAGCUUAAUAAUAAUAAUACGAGCUUUUAUCAUCAAUCUGUUCCCUCUGGUGCAGAUGCUUCUUGUCCACCGCCAUCAUCAUCGAAUCCGGAAUAUCAGCAUCAGCCUUACAGUGCCCCGUCUGCUCCUGUGCAGUCCACUCCUCCAGUCUACGCAUACAACCAGCAGGGCUUCGAUGCCGUCUCGCUGAAACUCGACAAUGUCAUCACGGCGAACGAUGACGGCUCGUUUAGCGGGCUGGAAAGUGAUCUGGUUGUCACCCACGCACAGCCUGUGCUUCGCGGUGGAGAUGCUCGAGAGAAUAACAGGCGAUCCAAAGACAAAGACAAAAAGACGGCUGCUGCCACCCGUGUCGUUUACUUCGCUACCUGGCCGCUUCUCUGCCUAGCAGCACAGUACUCGCGUCGAGCAUACGACAAGCCCUCCGGAGCGGAACGUCACACCCACAUCGAGGCCGACUGGCGUCGGGGCACGAAAGCCAUGAUGAUCAAGUCCGUCCCGCUCGACGACAUGAACACGAUCGUCUUCGCCAUCCGCGGCACGCAGAGCUUCCGCGACUGGACGGUCAACGUGCGGACGGACCCUAAAUCCCCAGAAGGCUUCCUCGACGACGAGGGGAACCUGUGCCAUGCCGGGUUCCUGUCCGUGGCGCGCAGGAUGGUCCGUCCCGUGGCCAGGCGACUGCAGGAGCUGCUGCGUGAGAAUCCCAACCGGGCGUCGUGCUCGCUGCUGAUCACGGGCCAUUCCGCGGGUGGUGCGGUGGCCAGUCUGCUCUACUGCCACAUGCUGUCGCUGUCGCAGACCGUCGAAUCUGAACUGACUCACUUGCGGGGAUUCUUCAAGCGCGUGCAUUGCGUGACGUUUGGCGCGCCGCCGGUCUCGCUCCUGCCGCUGGAAACGCCUCGCUCGCCGGCAUACCGCAAAUCGUGCUUCUUCUCCUUCAUCAACGAGGGGGAUCCGGUGCCGCGGGCGGACCGGGCCGCCAGGCUCGCCAUUAGCUCAUCUGAACACUCUGCUAUCGAACAACCAUUCCACAACCAAGCUGAGCGCAAAGCCACAAAACAAGAAGCAGCCCGUUGCGCGUUGGAAGGUGCCCAUCUCGUCGCUAUCAGUUGCAGGACGCCUAGUCAUCUUCGGACGAGCAGUAAAAACAGACAGAACCAACAGCAGCAGCAGCAAGACUCAUCCAUCGAAGCAUGCGUAACCACAGACGCCGAACUGCGAAUCGUCGUCUUUGGCGACCCGAUGAUGCAUUCGAUGGACCUGUAUGCGCAGCGGAUUGAAACGCUGGCGACGAAUGCUGUGACGGCGAAGCUGAGCACGACGUAG